AUUAUCUAUUUAUUCAUUGCUUGAGCUAAAUCAAUCAAUAAAAUUCAAGCAAUCAUCCAUGGAGAAAUCUGUCCCUUUGCAUGUAUACCAUGUAAACAAAACUUCCAUCAUCAUCAACAGAGCCCAUGCAUUCCUCCAUUCCAUAGCCUUACUGUUCUUGAUUCAUUACAGGCUUUCUUUCUUUUUUCAACACCCCAAAAACACCACCAUACCCACUCUUCCAUGGCUUCUAAUCUUCGUCUCCGAGUUGCUUCUCUCUUUAGCAUGGCUCUUUACACAAUCCUAUCGUUGGCGUCCGGUUACACGGACCGUAUUCCCCGAGAGACUACCGGCCGAUGAUAAGCUUCCUGCCAUUGAUGUGUUCAUUUGCACCGCCGAUCCUAACAAGGAGCCGAGUGUGGAAGUUAUGAACACUGUGGUAUCAGCCAUGGCGUUGGAUUAUCCACCGGAAAAGCUUCAUGUUUAUGUUUCCGACGAUGCUGGCUCCGAUGCGACGUUGCGUUGUACGAAGGAGGCUUGGAACUUUGCGAGGUAUUGGGUUCCGUUUUGUAGGAAAUAUGAUCUUGUGACUGCCUGUCCGGACGUUUAUUUUUCAAGCUCCGAAGUUGACAGUGGAAACUUUGAGGGUUCCGAGUUUAAGGCAGCGAGGACGAAGAUGGAGGAAAAGUACGAGGUUUUGAAGCAAGAAAUAAGGAGAAUUGUUCAACAACAUUCCACGACGGGUGACGCCCUACACAAUGCUCGUAACCAUCCUUCAAUACUUGAGGUUAUAAAUGAACAUUCCAAAGAGGAAGAUGAAGUUAAAAUACCUCUACUUGUUUAUGUUUCUCGUGAGAAAAGGCCUUCUCAUCAUCAUAAUUUCAAGGCUGGAGCCCUCAACGUCCUUCUUCGAGUCUCAGCGAUAAUAAGCAAUUCUCCAUAUAUUCUAAUGCUUGACUGCGACAUGUACUGCAAUGACCCAACUUCAGUUAGGCAAGCAAUGUGUUAUUAUUGCGAUCCCCAAACACCUUCUUCUAUAGCAUUUGUGCAAUUCCCUCAAACAUUUCGAAAUAUAUGUCAAGACGACAUCUACGACAGCCAAAUUCGACAUUUAUUCAAGAUACUUUGGCACGGUUUUGAUGGCGUCGGAGGACCAACGAUAUCAGGUUCGAACUUAUAUAUAAAGAGGGAGGCUUUAUUGGGUAGUUUCAGCAAGCAACAAGAACUCAUGGCACUUAAGAGAUCAUUUGGUCCAUCCAAUGAUUUCAUUAAAACCCUAGUCGAAGAGUAUAAGCCUGGUUUCAUAAACGAUGGGGAAUCUUCGAGAAUGUUGCUGGAAAAGGCCAACGUUUUAGCUUCCUGCAGUUAUGAACAUCAGACAUCAUGGGGUUCGACGGUGGGUUUCUUGUACUUUUGUGUGGUGGAAGAUUACUUCACUGGAUUUUCUUUACAUCGUAAAGGUUGGAAAUCAGUGUAUCUUUAUCCCAAAAAGCCACAGUUCUUAGGGACAGCCACCACAAAUUUUAAUGAAGUAUCAAUUCAAUGGACAAGAUGGGCAUCCGGGCUUACUAGUGUUGCAAUUUCUAAGUUUUGCCCUCUCAUUUAUGGUCCUUUAAAGAUGUCUUGGGUACAAUUUAUGUGCUAUUCAGAACUUGCAUUCAUGCCACUUCUUAAUUGUCUCUCUCUUUGGGGUUUCGCUUUUAUACCUCAACUUUGUCUUUUCAAUGACAUCCCUUUGUAUCCGAAGGUUUCGGAUUCGAGUUUCAACAUAUUUUUUAUCAUUUUUGUAUCGGCUAUUUUGAAAAGCUUAUAUGAAGUUGUUACAACCGGAGGACAAGUACGGACAUGGAGAAAUGAUUGGAGAAUAUGGAUGAUGAGAUCGAUAACAUCUUACUUCUAUGGAAGCCUGGAUGUUGUUUUAAAUAAGCUUGGCAUGAAGGAAGCUAGCUUUUUGCCAACUAAUAAAGUAAUCGAUGAUGAACAAGUUAAGCUAUAUGAGAUGGGUAUUUUUGAUUUUCGAACAGCCACCACGUUUCUUGCUCCAUUGGUUACGGUGAUUCUUGUAAACAUUGCAGCAUUUGUCAGAGCUUUGGUCGUGAAUGUUGUUGAUAAUGAUAGAGACGGAUAUUGGGAAAAAAUGUUUGGGCAAAUGUUUCUUUCGUUUUACAUAUUGGUUUCGAAUUAUACAGUUAUUGAAGGGAUGAUAAUCAGGAGAGAUAAGGCCAGUAUUCCAUUAUAUGUUACUUUGUUGUCGGGUGUGUUUUCAUUGUGUAUCUUGUUGAUUGGCUCUGCCAUUUUGUCUUAAAGACUGGCAUUUGGAAAACAAAAAAAAGAACCUCGAUUAGGAUUUAUAAGUAAUUUCAUGUCUUUUAUUGUAUGUUCAACUUUGAAGGGUUGAUAUUAUAUAUGUCCAUUGCUUCUGUCGUCGUUUGAA